CAUUGCCUCUCGCAAGAGCACUGAGAAAUCAACACACAGUAAACCUGUGCACGUUGCUUUCUGUGGAUUUAACGCACUUGUUGAAGUCUUGAUGAUGGAUCUCUCUCUGCACACCGUUCUGCUGAUCUCAGCCACAUUCUGUGUAUUUGUGCAAGAAGGAUUCGGAUUACCCGUCUUCCAACCAUCAGAAACCCAGAGCUCUUUGGCAAGGGUUCGCACCAAACGCUGCUCCUGCAGUAACUGGUUGGAUAAGGAAUGCAUCUACUUUUGCCACUUGGACAUAAUCUGGGUCAACACGCCUAGUAAGAUCACCCCGUAUGGCCUCGGAAGUCCUCUGUCUCGUCGUCGGCGCUCCACCGGCCGUUGUGAAUGUGCCAACCCCAAUGAUCCUACCUGUUCCUCUUUCUGCCACACCAGCUCCAUGGACCCAGGCCUUGUAGUUGUCAGUCCACUUGAUCCUGAAGUGGGCCAUGUGUAUAAAGCUGACAAAGAUCUCCUCACAUAUUUCAGGCAAGUAGCCAAGGCUAAUCUCAUCGCAGCCAAGCAUUCUGCUGUCUCAAGAAAAAAACUGCUCAAGACCAACAACCAGUCAGAGAAAGAUGCAAAGUGAUAAAUAACAAAGGAUCCCAGUCUUCCCAAUAGGAGAUGGCAUUCCUGGAAAGGAUCUCUUCUGCAGUAUGACUGGAAGGACGGUUGAGAUAAAGUUCUCUCAGAACACACUGGAAGACGUAAGAAUGCUCAUGGAAAACAAGACAUCUAUUAAAGUUACUGACAGUGUUAAGGGAAAAGACUCGAGGUGUUCAGGGCCACUAUUAAUACACAGACACGUCAUGGGUCAUAGAAGCAGUGGAACGUCUGAAAAUGCCUAUUUGAAUACAAGUGUGCCUUGUGUUGUUUUACUAAAGGAGGAAUGGAGCACCUUGAACACCUGUGAAAUGGUGGCCUUUCCAAUGGAAGGGAAUGUUAAGCCAAAAAAAAAAAAAAAACCACACACACAUAUGGGAGUCAAGUUUGAUCGCUUUAGCACUAUCAAGUGUAAACCCUCGCCUUAAAAAUGAGGCACUUAUUCUUGCAAAAAAAAAAAAAAAGACUGUGCAAUACUGCUUCGUUAUGUAAUAACAGUGAUGUCUCUGUAUACCGGCGUCUUUUCUCCUCUCUUUUUAGUCCAUUCUGUUCUUAUCUUCAUUUCACUUGCACUUCUCUGUAUCAGAGUUUCAUAUCAUUUCAUUUCUCUUGAAAAUGUUAAAUACCUCUUUGCAGACCCUUGCUGGAAUUAUGUAGGAAGCGAUCAUAAACACCAAUUUUAUGCUUUUCUUUCUAAUCUAUGAUAACAAUGUCCAAAGGUUGCAACACUGUCUUAUCUUAGUUUGCCAGUGGAUUCCUUAAGACACAUAUUAACUGUUUUAUGAAAUGGAUCAACCACCCAGGUUGAUGAGGGUUUUUUUUUUUUUUCUUGGCCUCUUUGUGAACGCGGAAAUAUUAUUAACAUAGUUACUGUUGUGUGUUUUCAGUUACAUGUGCAAAUGAGUUUCAAUGGCUCAGAGCUUGCCAACAAACUGCAGUAAUUGUUUUUUCCUGCAAUAGAACAGGCCAACUAAUGUCCUUGUAAUUUCCUAUUAUAAGAAACAAGCGCUGGGUUUCAGUGGAAUGUGUUUAAUGUUAAGGCCUUUUAACUACUGCUCACUGAGAGCUUGAUGUUUGUCUUCUGCGUCUGGACAGCAUGCAGGACAACUCAGUGCUAUGUCAAUAACUGCUGUUUUUUUUUUCCUCUAAUAUCAAGGGAAAGGCUAUUUUUUUAGCCUUCAGCUGAAAAGAUGCAGAUACUUGAAUGUUUCAUUUGACAGCCUGCAGGGCCUAUAUCAUGUUGUAAAGUAGCAUGCUUAGAAAAAAAAAUUAUUUAUUUAAUUUAUUGAGCUCACUUAUUUAUAUUUUGUACCUCAUUUACAGACAAGGUUUUUUUUUCUCUCAAAUAAAU